CAAUCUCAUGUACCAGAAGUACGUUGCCGAGUUGGACACGAUUACGCCUGAGCAGGUGGAAUGGCAGCCAUAUGGCGCCGAUGACAGACUUGGGUACACCCCGGAGUUUACCAUCAACCCGAUGUGCUUGCGGGAUAGGGAUCUCUGGCGUAUGCGGUGCCCACUGAUAUGCAACUGGGCUGUUGAGUUUCAUUUGCCACAUCGCGUGUCUCGUCAGUUUGGUCUGUUCCAGCCUCACCCGCCGGAAUGGGUGGAUACGGACAAAGCACUUCAUAGGUUGGACAGGAGAAGGCAGCGGAAGAUAAAGGACUGGGACAAGCAUCACGCUUCGUAUGUUACUGUUGGAAAUAUGCCCUAG